AACGAAAACUAGUGGGAAAAGAUGCCCAAGAAACGAGGAGGCGGCCAGUCGAAGAGCCUGACGCUCGAGGAGCUCAGCGCGAACUUCCACCUUCCCAUCAACGACGUUGCUCGCAAGCUCGGGCUGUGCGUCACCGUCCUGAAGCAGCGAUGCCGCGAACACGGCAUCACGCGCUGGCCGUACCGCAAGGUGAAGAAACUCGAUAACAUCAUCCACGCGCUGGAGUGUCCCGGCGACGGCGGCGUCGCGGACGCCACCCGCAGGCUCGAGACGGUCAAGAGGACGCGCGAGGUUCUCAUCACCGACCCCAACAGCAAGGCGCACCUGAGGGUCGGCAAGCUCAAGGCUGUUCGCCGCCGAUCGCUCGGAUCCAAGUCCGGGUACGGCAGCGGCGGCAGCGGCUCCGACAACAGCGGCGGCACCGCCUUCGGCGUGAUGAGGCACCGACAGAACAGCUCCGGCAUCGACGGCCUCCUCGAGGCGGCGACGACGCUCUCGGAUGGGGAGACGCCCGGGACGCCGACGAGGGAGCCGGACGCGAUCAGGGACAGGUCCCCGCGCAUCUCCGGCGCGCUUCAGGCCCUCACCGGCGGUAUUAGCGCACACGAUACGGACACGGGGGCGGGGGCGGAGGCGGCGGCGCUCGCGCUCAAUGCGCUCAAGCCCGGCGGGGCGUUCCAGGCUGUGAGGGCGGCGGUUGACGUCGCGAACAAGGCGGCCGCGCCGGCGGCUCCGGCGUUUGACGCCAACGCGUACGCCGCGGCGAUGGCCGCGUUCGCGGGACACAUGGGGAACGCUGCAGCGGCGGCGGCGACGCCCCCUCCCGCUCCACCCACCCCGGCCAACCCGAUGGCUGCGCUGAUGGCGAACCCGAUGUUUGCGUGGAUGGCGGCGAUGGGAAACGUGGCGCAGGCGCAGGCGCAGGCGGCGCAGGCGGCGCAGGCGGCGCAGGCGGCCGCGACUCCCCCGGCGCCCAACUUUCUCCAGAUGGCGGCUGCUGCGGCAGCAGCGGCGCAGGCGGCGCAGCCCCAAUCCGCGCACCAGCCCCUAUAGACGAGAGCGGGCGAUUGGCGCGUCGUGGGUCUCGGGCCGGAGGGUGGACAACAGUUGAGUUGGUUUGGCCCGCCUCCCUCGGGGAAACUGUCCUCGCCCGCCGGUCGAUCGCGACGGCUCCAACGUUAAUUGGACACGUUGGAGGUGCGGUUGAUCGGACGGCGCGAGGAGGCUAUUCUAUUAUUCCAUUACCCGGCGUGAAGCCGGGGUGUAUUCUUUCAGUCGCACCCGCCGCGAGGCUCGCUCCAGUUGGGUGGCCCGCGGCGGCGUGACGUGACAGCCUCUGUAUCGGAGGUUGUCCAACGCGGUCGGGGACGUGGACUCGUCCCUUUUGUUCAUAUAGACCCGAUUUUGUGAAUAUAUCAACACAGAAGUCCACACA